AUGUCGUGUAAGCCGUUCGCGGAUUUUGUGAGAAGUACACUGCUUGAUCGCUUAGCCUCGGGGGCAAUUUCUCUGAAGGGAAAGGUGGGAGAAGUUGAUCCGCCCCAUCUGGUCCCUCCUCUGACUGUGGAGCCCACCAAGCCGAGAUUAUGCCAUGAAGCUCGCUUUUUAAAUCUAUGGAUGAGUGACAUGCCUUUCAAGUUAGAUACCCUUUGCGAUUUACCAAGAUAUGUGGGCCUUGAUACCUAUCAAACAAUACUUGAUGACAAGUCCGGGUAUGACCAUCUCCUCUUGUCAGUGGAAGGUAGAACCCUUUUUUUUUGGUAUGCAGUGGGGUGGGUGGUACUUUGUUUACAACACCCUGCCUUUUUGCUGGAAGAUAUCUCCUUUUGUAUACCACUCCACUGGUUUAGUAGCAUCUAAUUUCUUCCGAUCAAUGGGGAUACCUUGUUCAUUGUACAUUGAUGACCAGCACAAUGGCCAACUUCAGAUCUCACCCAACCAAGGAGCCUAUGCGAACCUUGCAAAUCUCGAUGAACAUAAUUAGCACUUGCGAAAUCAGCUAUCUUUUUGGUAGCUUAUUUUCUGAUCAAGCUAGGAUAUUUUCUUGGUUUGCCCAAAUCUAUUCUGAUGCCUCGUAAGAUUGUCCCAUAUUUGGGUUUCCUGUCCGACUCCUCUCGAGAGGUAUUCCAUCUUAUUCCUGAAAAGAAGGAGAAGUUUCUUGAUCUUAUUGAACAAACCCUGGCAUGUUCAAUAGUCUCAGUCAAAAGCCUCCAGCGUUUGGUGGGCAAAUGUGUGUCAUUUUCACUGGUGGUUAGGGGAGCGCUUCUGUUUACCGGGGAGAUGAAUAAUGCUAUUUCCAAGGCUCUACGCACAUCCUACCAAGUUACAUGAGGCACUGAGGGAGGAAAUCUCACAUUGGCUUUCUCUGCGUACGUGGGACGACCCGCUUCCCUGCAGGGAUGAACGUCAUAUCCGCAUAUCCUUAGCAACAGAUGCCUCAGCCUCGGGUUGGGGUGGUUCAAUAACUUUGAGUGAUGGUACGGUUGAGGCCUCUGACUAAUGGACGAAGGAAGAGCAGGAGCUUGAUAUCCCCACAAAGGAGGCACUGGCGCUUGACAAGGUCCUUCUUUCCUUCGCCGACUCUUUAAAGAAUGCAUGGGUAGAUGGCCUGGUUGACAAUCAGUCAGUAGUCUACUCCUGGCAAAGACAAGGGGGUAGGAGUAUGUCCUUAAACAGGGCGAUUAAGAAGUUAUUUUUCACAACUUCAAAGUUAAAUAUUGCCCUCCAUUUGACGUACAUCACAUCAAAAGAAAAUGAAGGGGACGCACCCUCGCGCCGUCUCACAACUCUUGAUCGCAAACUCCAUCCGAAGUUAUAGCAAAGAGUACAACAAGAGUUUGGUGUUCCAAAGGGACACACGUGUGACUUGAUGGCACUUGAUUCGAACGCAAUGACAGACCAGGAUGGUUCCUGUUACCCCAUUUUACGCCCCACCCAUCGCCGCAAUCCUGUGGUGUCAAUUUCUUUGCGCAAGAUCUAUCAAGUGGAGCCCCGUUUCUGGAGUACCCUUACGUUUUCCCGCCUCUCUCUCUCUGAUGGGUCCUGUUCUGCGUUUUCUGAGACCCCACGGGCCGUCGUGCACGGUCAUAGCCUUGGAUGUUUAUCCGAAAAGGUUUUGAUGGCCUCUUAUCCAAAGUUGUGCCAGUAAAUCGUGUAGAUUAGCAGUAAAGGGGGUGGUCUGGGGCACUUCUGUUACCUUCCAAACAAGGUUGGAUUCCCCAUCCUGGGAUCCCUGGGGAUCUCUGGGCUUUUGGUGUACGAUAUUAGGGCAUAUCUUGUAAUUGACUUUGAACAGUAACUAUAAACGCAUUUGCAACUGCUUUAUAAAUUUUGUCUUGUUCCGUGGAAAUUGUACGUUUUGCUAGUAUUGUAUACUUUGAUCGAAUAAAACUUCAAUUUCUAUUAUAUGAGCGUUUCCUCUUCUUCCUUUUACUAGGAUUUACCUGUGGUCGCAAAGCUGUUCACUCCUUCUGUGAGGUGUCCAAAUUGUAGUUAUAGCAAUGAUUCCAAUUUCCGCUUUUGCCAACGAUGCGGCUAUAAAAGGAAAAUCUUAAACAACAAAAGUAGUACGCCUUUCGAUGUGGAUGUGAACACUAUUGAUGAUCGUCUUUGGCAAUUGGCCUUGUUUGAUCAAGCAGCUUGUUACUCUAAACAUAAAGUCUCGCUUCAAAGGGAAUUAGAAAAUUUCCUUUCCUCUCUACCAGGCUCUAUUAAUUACAGUUGCAACUAUUACACCACGCGAUAUUUGUCGUUUCUUGGUGCAUAAAGACAAGAAUGGGAAAACCCAGGUUCAUCGUAACGGAUGCCAUCAUCUGGGGAAGAGAGGCACAUUUGAUUGUGCUUGCCCGUUAAGACUUUCCUAUAAAACUGCAGAGUCGUAUAUUGGUAAAUUACGGGCGAUCUCCCACGCUAUUGGGCGUGACGGGGAAUGA